UCUGAAAAAGUUUUUGCCAUUCCGUACUUUUGGGAUGUUGACUUAAAAAAGAGGAAGGAGGAGGAGGGGAUUUCCUUCACAACUGGUGUCCCACAAAUCUCCAAAGUGCGCACACGUGUGCUGCGCACAACCAGCCCACUCUGCCCUUGCUUCCAGGAAGUGGGGCUCAGCCCUCUGAACUCGGAGCUUGGUGUUUGCCGCGAAGACCAACUGUCCUGACAAGCUUCUGCACCACGUGGGCUGCAGUCACACACACAGCGUUUGGCUGCCCUUGCCUGCCUUGGACGGCCUGCUUUCACAGCGGUUGUUGACGUGGAAACAAAAACGGGAGACAAGGCAAAUUAGUAUGACCCGAGGAGCCCAGCUGGGGAAGGAAGGGAGCCUGGAGAGGAUCCCGAUUCGCCCUCCAGUGGGCGGAUUCCAAGGGAUGGGUAAGGGGGAGGACCUGGAAGCGCACCACCCGUAACGGCACACAAAACCGGGCUCAGUGAACAAAUGGACGGACUUCCUGUGGGACAGCUUUGUAUCCCGGCCGCCAAGGCGAUUGGAGGGAGCUGGUGAACUGGACGGCCGGCUCUUGCUGGCUGCGUGCCUCGGCUUCCCCCUUUCUGGCAUAAAGCACCAAAAAUGCGCACAGUUGCAAUGCUUUUGACGUAUCUGACUGAAAAAAGAAUGAUUCGAUUCUUACAUUACUUAGGUCCACUUCUGUUGGGAAACAGUACACAAAUUCUUGUUAUCCGGAAGGCGUCUGGUUCCAAAAUUAUAACUGUGUCUUUCAUGGAGGAGGAAUUAACACACAUUAAAUGCCUGAAAGAAGAAUCUUGUUUUGGGGGCAGGAAGAAGCGCCAGUCAUUGUAAACCAUUUCCAUUUUCUUCCUCACUUCCCUCUCCUGAUUUGUGGUUUUAAAAAAAGGGUCAGGAUAGCAAACUGCUACCGUCCAUACUGUGUAGAGUUUCCUCUUCUCUUACCAACUGUGGGAGACCAAAGUCCUUUCGGAUAAACUGCCAGUCAGCGUUGACUCUCAAGAUGGUGUCCUGGCCUUCUGCUAGAGGCCUUCAGAAGAAGACGAGAGCAGUACGGGAUUUCUCUGCCCGGGAUGUGUGUUGUCUUUAGGGUGUCGCCUAAAGGGGGUAGAAAGGCGAAUCUUUUUGCGGGCUCCAUUCUUGAGAAGGUAGCUUGCAGCCGGACACCAGCCCAGCCGGGGCCACCAAAUGUGGCCGGGUGUUGUGGGCUGAUCCACCCUUUCUCCUCGGGAGCUUCUGUGCUCUCCCCCAUUCUAAACAUCAGAGGCGCCAUCCCCAAAGGGUCUCCGGCUUGCAAGCUGAGCAGGUGCCAUUGGGCUGGGUUUUGGAGGCCCUGUGGGCUCUUUGCCCAGGUUGGCAGGAGCGAUCGAGAAGCUUUGACCUUGGCUGCCCAGCUCUGCUCUGUGUUUCCCUUCCAGAUUGACCCCACGACAGGGAUGGUGAUCAACCUGGCAGACCUGAAAGACCACCUGGAGGAAGCCAUCAUGCAGCCCCUGGACCACAAGAACCUCGACAAGGACGUUCCCUACUUUGCUGACGUCGUCAGUACAACUGAGAACGUUGCCGUGUUCAUCUGGGGAAACCUUCUGAAACACCUUCCUGAGGGCAGCCUUUAUAAAGUCAAAAUCUAUGAAACAGACAAGAACAGUGUUGUGUACAAGGGGGAGGAGAAAUGAAUUCUGUUGCUUGAGGUGUUCGGUCCAUGGUUUGGGAAAGAGUCCAAUCAGUCCAGUCAAUCAGUGGAUUUCUGAACUUGAUCAAGUAUAGCCAUCCAAAAUGUAGAACACACCUAUUUCUUAAAAUCGGGGGAAAGCGGCAACGAUGCGCUCAAGCCAGAAGCCAGUCUCCCAUGUGGCUCUGUGCCGUCAGGACGUGCCCCUGUUGAGUCGAAGCAUUCCAUCCGUUCAGACACUGCGGCCUGUGGAGCUGCCCAGCAGGGUCCGUGGCCUCGGAUGGUCCAGCUCAGCAUUGCCUGCAGGGGCUGGCAGCCGAGGCCUUUUUCUGCCCUGCUUGGAGACCUGGGCGGCAUUGCUCUGCUUCUGUUGAGAUGGCACUGCGAGGAUCUGCAAAUGUCCAAAGGAUAUUGUACGCCUCUUGUUUAUUCUAGCUGGCAGCAAAUUCCCCAGCCUCAGGCCCGGUUUUUGUCUCUCUCGCUGUCGACCCCUUGUGGCUGGAGGGGCAGAAAGCUGAACCUGGAGUUCUUUGCAUGCAAAGCGAAUGCAGCUCCUUUGAGCCACUGGGCUCUCUUCCUGUUGUUCUUCUCUGCUAAGGAUGUGAGCUGUGGAAGGCGGGGGGGGGGGGCGCAUCUAGGUGUCGCUUUCCCUGUGAGGUCAGUCGAUCGUCUUCAGCGCACUGCUUUUCCAGCUUCACCUUUGCCACUUAAAGAGAAUCGCUUUGCCGUCUUCUCUACGGUUGCCGAAAGGAGCAGUUGAUCUGAAAGUUAAGCACUUUGGAAAAGAAAUAACUUCUGUUACUGUUUAUGCCAAGAUAUAAUUCUUCUGAAAUGUGGUAAUUAAAUGUUUCCUUUGCUGGA